CAGAGUGACACUUGGCAACCUCCCAGACUACAAACUGCCACUCUUCGCUUCUCACUCUCUUAGCUUUCUCCGCUGCCCUCCUUCACUCAGCUACCCAUCAACCCAACUGUUGGUAACUGACAAAUCACAAAAAAAAAAAAAAAUUUAGGGUUUCUUUUUCUCAAUUUCAACGAUUCAUCCAAUGCGAAUCCAACUUCGAAUCAAACCCACAUUCCUAUCUUCCACCACAAACCAUCAAUUCUAACGCCUCUCCGUAGGAUAACACUAACAACUUUGUAGUCCAUUUGAUUACUUGCUAGGUUUCUUGAAAAUCAGUAAGAACUGUUUGUGAUAUAUAAAUAUAUAUAUAUAUAUAUAUAUAUAUAUAUAUAUAUAUAUAUAUAAUAAGUUGUAUUUAUGGCUCUUCAAUCAACUGCUUUGUGCUUCAGUGGUGUCUCAACGCAUCAUGGAUCUUUUCUGUCAAAUGGGUUCUCGGGUUCUGUUGUUUUCGGGCGGUGUGGCAUCAGAGCAUCGCUGUCUUCUUCUUCUUCAUCGCUCACUUCGCUUUCUCGGUGUCGACUUCGAGGAAAGGCAUUUCCAAGUGACAAUGGGUUACCUGAAACAAAUGAAUCACCACUUGUGGUUUGCUUUGGGGAAAUGCUAAUUGAUUUUGUUCCAACUAUAAGUGGGCUCUCAUUGGCUGAUGCGCCUGCAUUUAAAAAAGCUCCUGGAGGUGCACCUGCUAAUGUUGCUGUUGGUAUUGCUCGCCUUGGUGGUUCAUCAGCUUUUAUUGGAAAGGUUGGCGAAGAUGAAUUCGGGUACAUGCUUGCAAAUAUUUUAAAGGAAAAUAAUGUGAACAAUGAAGGGAUGCGAUUUGAUACUGGUGCUCGAACUGCUUUAGCAUUUGUGACGCUGAGAGAUGAUGGGGAACGUGAGUUCAUGUUUUUCCGAAAUCCUAGUGCUGAUAUGCUCCUUCAAGAAGAUGAACUUGACCUUGAUUUAAUUAAGAAGGCAAAAAUUUUUCAUUACGGUUCUAUAAGUUUGAUUACAGAACCUUGCAAAUCAGCCCACAUUGCUGCAGCAAAAGCUGCAAAGGAUGCUGGUGUGAUUUUGUCUUAUGAUCCCAAUCUGAGGCUUCCAUUAUGGCCUUCUGUAGAUAGUGCCAGAGAAGGAAUCUUGAGCAUAUGGGAGACUGCUGAUAUUAUUAAGAUAAGUGAAGAGGAGAUUAGUUUUCUUACAAAAGGAGAGGAUCCAUACGAUGAUGCUGUUGUUCGUAAAUUGUAUCACCCGAAUCUUAAAUUGCUCCUUGUAACUGAAGGACCAGAUGGUUGCAGGUAUUACACUGAGGAGUUCAGUGGGAGAGUUAAGGGUAUAAAAGUGGAUGCUGUGGACACCACAGGUGCAGGUGAUGCUUUUGUUGCUGGAGUAUUAUCAAAACUAGCUGUUGAUGAUUCAUUGAUUCAGAACGAGGACCGAUUGAGAGAUGCUCUCAGAUUCGCCAAUGCUUGUGGUGCAUUGACUGUGAUGGAGAGAGGUGCAAUUCCAGCAUUGCCAACCAGAGAAGCUGUUCUCGAUACCCUGCUUAAGUCGGUAGCGUAGGGUUUCAUAUGAUAUUCUGUAAUCAUAUGAACCCUCUCAAUUUUUUAGACUGGUGAUGAUGUUGCACAAGGUCCUGCUCACACGUUAACCGAUUUACAUAAAUUCAGUUGACACUGUCUGAGUUUUUUUUUUAAUGAACUCCAAUAUCAUUUUAUUAAGCAUAAUAAUUUACAGUUUCA